GUAUGCAGGUUCUUCCUCUUGUUCCUCCAGAUGAAGGGGGAUCACCCUACUCGGGCAAGGAUGCAAAUUGUGGCAACACUCUGCUGAUUUCUCUCGAAGAACUUGUUAAGGAUGGGUUAUUGUCAAAAGAUGAGCUCCCAGAACCAAUUAAUGCUGAAUGUGUGAACUUCUCUAUAGUUUCUAAGCUGAAGGAUUCUUUGAUAACUAAGGCUGCAUGGAGGCUUAUUUUAAGUGAAGGUGAACUCAGGAGCGAGCUUCAUGAUUUUCGCGGGGACCCCAACAUAUCAAGUUGGCUUGAAGAUGCAGCUUAUUUUGCUGCUAUCAACAAUAGUUUAAAUACAUUUAGUUGGUACCAUUGGCCUGAGCCUCUGAAAAAUCGCCAUCUUGCAGCCUUGGAAGGCAUUUAUGAUAGUCAAAAGGAUUUUAUAGAACUAUUCAUUGCUAAACAGUUCCUACUCCAAAGGCAAUGGCAGAAAGUUCGCAAAUAUGCACACUUGAAAGGUGUCAGUAUAAUGGGAGACAUGCCCAUUUAUGUUGAUUAUCAUAGUGCUGAUGUUUGGGCAAAUAAAAAACAGUUUUUGCUGAACAAGAAAGGCUUUCCCCUUCUAGUUAGUGGUGUUCCCCCUGAUCUUUUCAGUAAAACUGGUCAACUCUGGGGCAGCCCUCUAUAUGACUGGAAAGCCAUGGAGAAAGAUGGAUUUUCAUGGUGGGUUCGACGCAUACAACGUGCACAGGAUCUAUAUGAUGAGUUUAGGAUAGACCACUUCAGAGGGUUUACUGGCUUUUGGGCUGUUCCUUCUGAAGCAAAAGUUGCCAUGGUUGGAAGAUGGAAGGUAGGACCUGGAAAAGCAUUAUUUGAUGCCAUUUCUAGAGCUGUUGGCAAGAUCAAGAUAAUAGCAGAAGAUUUGGGAGUUAUUACUGAGGAUGUAGUUCAACUUAGGAAAUCAAUUGGGGCCCCUGGAAUGGCUGUGCUUCAGUUUGGUUUUGGAAGUGAUGCUGAUAACCCUCAUUUGCCUCAUAAUCAUGAGCGUAAUCAAGUUGUCUAUACUGGAACUCAUGAUAAUGACACGAUCUGUGGGUGGUGGGAAAAUAUGGACCAAGAAGAAAAGUUCAAUGUACUGAAGUACUUUUCAAUUUCUGACGAUGACGAAAUUUCGUGGAAACUCAUCCGGGCUGUGCUAUCUUCAGUGGCCCAAACUACAGUCAUACCCAUGCAGGAUAUACUUGGGCUGGGAAGUUCAGCAAGGAUGAAUACUCCUGCAACCCAAGUUGGGAACUGGAGUUGGAGGAUACCUCAUUCCAUGACCUUUGAUCUCAUGGAAACAGAAGCUUUGAGGUUAAGGGAUAUGCUAUCGGUGUAUGGGCGGCUAUAGACCAAAAACAAUGAGUUCUCUAUUCCUUAAUAGCUAGAAAGAAAGUUUUCUUCUGCGUAAAAGAAGAGAAUAAUUUCUGUUUUGUUGUGCUUUUACUAAGAUCUUCCACAUCUUAAUUUUAAAGGUCUUUAAUCUACUCUCUCUUUGAUAAUUCAUUCAUUUUGAUGUAUCCUUACAUUAUAUUGCCUACAUGUUAAAUAAAGAUAAGUUUUACGGA